UGUACUCACUAACCAUGAGUAAUUUGAAUAUUUUUGAUCAAGAGUUUGCAUAGGCGAGAUUAAAAAAAAAAAGGAUGAUUAGUCCACGGCUGAUGUGGUGGAUGUGGUCCACCGAAUAACAUCUCCCUUCUCAACGUGGCCAUCAAAAUCCCGACCGUUCGAUCUAGACUUAAUAGUCGCAUGGAAGCUCCUAUGGCUUCGCCCGCAUAAAAGCAUCUUUGUUCUCUCCAACACACAUACCAAAUGAAAAAAAAACAAAACAAAAAAAAAAGCACCCAAUCAAAUUCCCCCGAACGAAUCUCUCUCUCUCUCUCUCUCUCUCUCUCUCUCUUAACGCUUCUCUGUAACACACUCACCAGUCACCACUAAUUAAAAAGAAAAAGAAUUGCGAAGAUGUGCUGCAGGAGCAAGGCGUGCUGCUUGUGCUUCGUGCUGCUUCUGGCGAUUCUCGUCGUCGGGUUGAUCUUCGGCUUCGGCGUCUUCUCCCGCGGUUUCCACAAGCUCAAAGGCACCAUCCACCUCCACCUCCACCACCACCACCACCACUAGGCUUUUCCCUUUUUUUUUUUAAAAAAACAAUAAUAAUCUCUGUAAUAAUGAUGAUCUCUUAUUAUUCUCUGCUUCUCAUGUUCGUCAGUGUGAUUUGACGGUUUAUUAAUUGGUGGAUCGAGAUAUACAUAUCCUAAUUAAUGCGAUGUCGUUCAGAGAUGUACUAUUAUUAUUAUUAUUAGCGUCAUAAUUGUUUUUUUUUUAAAUAUAAGUUUUAUGUAAUGUAGAUGAUAACCAGUUGCUCGUAAAUAAAUAAAUAAAUAUAGUGCAGGAAAAUUCAAAACAA